AAAGUCUGGUCUGGAAUGUCUCGGCACAUCUACAGACAGCUCUUGAAGAAGAAGGCAGUGGAUAUCGGAUUUGGGAGUUUUGCGGUUAUCCCAGUGCACGCCAAUGUGGCAGAGGGCAAGGUUUUGCCUGUUGAGAGACCUAUGUUCAUUAUGAACAAGACUCUGAAGAUGUUUUACAACCUUGAGGCUGAUGAAACCAAAAUUCCUGACGACAUCCCUGUGGUUCAGCCAGACUUUGAGGACAUCGCUGCACACAUCCACUUUCGCCACGAAAUUGUGGAGCAGUGCGUGCAGGAGACCCUGCUUUACUUUGCUGGGGCCCUCCGAGAAAACAAAGAGGUGGAGUUCAACUUCAGGACCAUCGGUAUCCUUGCUGUGCGUAAAAAAGUGGUCACCAUGACCUUCUUUGACAGCUGUGUGCUGGAGAUGGAUACAACAGGGAACAUGCUGACAGCCCUUCUCGAGGACCCUGACAUGAUGAGCACCGUUGCCUUUCCGGGCCAAAACAAUUUUAGUCGGGUCAGUCAAGACGAGGUUGUCAUACUGCCAAGCUUUGUGGCCGAGGCCCCGCACCAGCCAUCGGGCCGGCUGGUGUCCCUGAAGCCCAGGAGAGAGUCAGCACCGUGGGGUGGGGGCGGCCGCAGAGUGAGUGUGCUGGAUCCCGUGUUCCUGGCUCGGAAGAGGGUUUCUCAGGCCAGUCAGCAGUCGGCGGAAACGGAUCACGGUAGAGACAAGGAAGCUAUCCUGGGGUACCUGCCUGCAAUCCUGGAGAGGACCCAUGCGAUGAAGCGCCCCACCUCUCCAGCUCAGCAGGGCCUGAAGGUCUCUGCAAGUGCUGCCCAACGCUCAAAAGAGGGGAAGCACCCUAUCUUUACUGAGAAGGAAGAAAGAGAGCUGCAGCUGCUGCUGGCGUCCAAGCGCCAUGAGGUGGAAGCAGACGUGUAUCGCAAAUACUUUGGCAACCGAGCAGCCACUGAGCGAGGAAAGACCUCCUGCCCCUACGUGUUUGAGGAUCCCUAUCGCCCUCCCCACAUCCUGAGGAAGGCCUACGCUGAGAAGCUGAAGGAGAUGGGGCAGCAGCGGGAGGAGGAGUCUCAGCUCUCUGGGAAAGCUCUGGAAGACAAGGGUGUGCAGACAGGUUUGUUGGAACGCUGAGGAGAAGGCCCAGCGACUGCCAGCCCUGCCAGCAAGCUGCAAGCAGCCCUGCAGAGA